CCCGGACUCCUGCCUUCCUCCGGGAGCCGCGCCGAGCCCGCACUCACUUCUUUCCUUUUCCUGAAUUUGAACCACCGGACCCACCGUCUCGUAGUCCACGCGGGAGGCCUGGGGCGAUGGACCCGUUUACGGAGAAGUUGCUUGAACGAACCCGUGCCAGACGAGAGAAUCUUCAGAGAAAACUGGCUGAGAGGCCCACGGCAGCAGCAAGGUCUGCACUGCAUGCUAAGCGAGGCAGAGAGCCCCUGUCAGAAGCAAGUAACCAGCAGCCCCUGUCAGGGGGCGAAGAGAAAUCUUGUACAAAGCCAUCACCAUCAAAAAAACGAUGUUCUGACAAAGCUGAACUCGAAGUUUUGGACUUAGAAAAUAAAGAACCUGCUGAGUCAGCUGCUGCAAAGCCUUCUUCUCCAAGGCCUGUGCCCCUUCAAGCAGAGCCCCCAGCACCAGCUGCCAUCAGUGACUCUGUGGCUGCCCCAGUGUCGCUACUCAGCAUGGGCAGAGGGCUGAGCUCAAGAUCAGAAGCCUCUGCUGCCUCCUCAGUGAAAACGCGAAUGCAGAAGCUUGCUGAGCAACGGCGCCAUUGGGAUAGCGAUAUAGCAGAUGAUGUACCAGAAAGCUCACUCUUGUCAUCAAUGCCAUCUGAGGAAAAGGCUGCUUCACCUUCCAAGCCACCCCUUCCAAAUGCCUCAGCUACCCCAGUUGGGAGAAGGGGCCGUCUGGCCAACCUUGCUGCGACGAUUUGCUCCUGGGAAGAUGAUGUAAGCCACUCAUCUGCAAAGCAAAAUAGUGUACAAGAACAGCCUGGUACCACUUGUUUAUCCAAACCUUCCUCUGCAAGUGGAGCAUCUGCUAGCAUCAAUAGUGGCAGUGUUCAGCAGGAAGCUACAUGCUGUUCCCAAAGGGAUGGCAAGGCCUCUGUCAGUAAAGCCCCAUCUUCAAGUGCUGCCGAGGGACCAUUGCUUAAAGCCUCAGCGUCCAGCUCUGUGAAAGUGACAUCUUCCCCUGUGAAAUCUGCUACGCUCAUCCCAAGUACUAAGAACCGUGAGGCACAAAAUGCUGAGCUACUUCACAAAACUACUAGUCCUCUGAAAACAGAGGCAUUGAAGCCAAGGGAGAAACCAGCUUUACCCCAGGCAGUUCAGGCCAAAGAGGAAACAGACAGGGAAGUUUGUCUGCAGUCCCAACCCAGAGACAAACCAGCAACACCAGGAGGAAGAGGAAUUAAACCUUUUCUGGAACGCUUUGGAGAGCGUUGUCAAGAACACAGCAAAGAAAGCCCAGCUUAUAGAGCAUCUCAUAGGACCCCCAAUAUCACUCCAAAUACCAAGGCCAUCCAGGAAAGAUUAUUGAAGCAAAACACAUGUUCAUCUACUACCCAUUUAGCACAGCAGCUCAAACAGGAACGUGAAAAAGAACUAGCGGGUCUUCGUGGUCGAUUUGACAAGGGCAAUUUAUGGAGUGCAGAGAAGGAUGAAAAGUCAAGAAGCAAACAGCUAGAAACCCAGCAGGAAAUUCACUGUCAGAAUACUCCCCUCAAGAAACAUCAAAUUGUUUCAAACACCCCAUCGAGUUCUGUAACAGAUAAGGUGGUGGAAAAUCAAACUGCAGUGAAGAUUUCUAGUGCAGAGCCUUCAGGUUCCACUGAAAGCAAAAUGACAAAGUCCAGCCCUUUGAAAAUAACAUUGUUUUUAGAAGAGGAAAAGUCUUUAAAAGUCUUGUCAGACCCGAAGGCUGAGCAGGAGACUGAAGUAGUACGGGAAGUUGAGAUGAGUGUGGAUGAUGAUGCUAUCAAUAGCUCCAGAGUCAUUAAUGACAUCUUUAGUGACGUCCUAGAGGAAGGGGAACUGGAUAUGGAAAGGAACCAAGAGGAGAUGGAGCAAGUGGGAGCAGAAAACAGCGAGGAGCAGGAGGAUGCACUGAACAUCUCUUCAAUGUCUUUACUUGCUCCGUUAGCCCAGACGGUCGGGGUGGUAAGUCUAGAGAAUGUAAUUUCUUCACCCAAAUUGGAGCUGAGAGACACAAGCCCAAGUGCUGCAAGCCCCAAACCAGGAAAGUUCCAGAGACCCCGUGUUCCCCGAGCUGAGUCUGGUGACAGCCUCAGUUCUGAUGAUCGAGACCUUCUCUAUAGCAUUGAUGCUUAUAGGUCUCAAAGAUUCAAAGAAACAGAGCGCCCUUCCAUAAAGCAAGUGAUUGUUCGAAAAGAAGAUGUUGCUUCAAAAUUGGGUGAAAAGAAUAAUGUCUAUUCUUGUCAAGUUAAUAUCAAACAAAAAAUGCAGGAGCUCAAUAAUGACAUAAAUUUGCAGCAGACCGUGAUCUAUCAGGCCAGCCAGGCUCUGAACUGCUGUGUUGAUGAAGACCAUGGGAAAGGGUCCCUGGAAGAAGCCGAAGCAGAGAGACUUCUUCUGAUUGCAACUGAGAAGAGAGCACUUCUGAUUGAUGAGCUGAAUAAGCUGAAGAACGAAGGGCCUCAGAGGAGGAACAAGGCUACUGUCCUGUCUCAGAGUGGAUUUGCUGCAUCCCGAGGGUCUGUCACUUUGUCAGACAUCUGCUUGCCUCUGAAAGCAGACUUUGUCUGCGGCACCGCUCAGAAACCAGAUGCAUCAAAUUACUACUACCUAAUCAUGCUAAAAGCUGGAGCUGAGAAUGUGGUCGCCACACCAUUAGCAAGUACUUCAAACUCUCUUAGUGGUGACGCUCUGACAUUUACUACUACAUUUACUCUGAAUGAUGUUUCCAAUGACUUUGAAAUAAAUGUUGAAGUUUACAGCUUGGUACAAAAGAAAGAUUCAUCAGGCCUUGAUAAGAAGAAGAAAGCCUCCAAGUCCAAGGCUAUUACUCCCAAGAGACUUCUCACAUCUAUAACUUCAAAAAGCAACCUUCAUUCUUCAGUGAUGGCCAGUCCAGGAGGUCUCAGUGCUGUGCGCACCAGCAGCUUUGCCCUGGUUGGGUCCCACACACUGUCCUUAUCUUCCGUCGGAGACACUAGGUUUGCUCUGGACAAGAUAAAUUUUGAUGUAAGAGAGCAGGAGGCACUGGGCUAUUUGUUCCAGGAAAAGGUACCUUUUUUAUCUCCUUUGGAAGGUCAUAUCUGUUUAAAAAUCAGCUGUCAAGUGAAUUCAAGUGUUGAGGAGAAAGGUUUCCUAACAAUAUUUGAAGAUGUUAGUGGCUUUGGUGCCUGGCAUCGCAGAUGGUGUGUUCUCUCUGGAAACUGUAUCUCCUAUUGGACUUACCCAGAUGAUGAGAGGAGAAAGAAUCCCAUAGGAAGGAUAAAUCUGGCCAAUUGUAUCAGUCAUCAGGUAGAACCAGCCAACAGAGAAUUUUGUGCAAGACGCAACACUCUGGAAUUAAUUACCGUCCGACCACAAAGAGAGGACGACCGAGAGACUCUUGUCAGCCAAUGCAGGGACACACUCUGUGUCACCAAGAACUGGCUCUCUGCUGAUACUAAAGAGGAGCGGGAUCUCUGGAUGCAGAAACUCAACCAGGUGAUUGUUGAUAUUCGCCUCUGGCAGCCUGAUGCUUGCUACAAGCCGGUUGGGAAGCCUUGAAGUGUGGGAACUUCCGCAUCAUGGAGAGGCUUCGAUUGCUGUGUCAAAAGUGUCUUAAGAAGACAUAGUUAGGAGCAUCAGAUUUACAAGUUGUAUUUUAUGCUUUAAAUGUAAAGGGGUCUGUGCAAAUAUUCACUACAUAUUAUGCAGUAUUUAUAUCUUUUCUAUGUAAAACUUCACCCAGUUUCCCUUGCAUUCAUAAGUGUUUGACAGGCAAUUCAUGAGUCUCAUUUUCUAGAAACCUAAUUAGCCAGUUAUUCGUGACAAAAAAAAAUCUUAAUCAAGUUCAGAGUUGUCCUUUAGAGCUUUGCUUUUGAGGUAUCAAGGUCUCCUCUAGGUCACAAACAGAAACCUCUGGUUUGAUGAUUCCCUCUCCAGCCUCAGUGGUUUUUUAAAGAGGUUGUGAUCAUUCAUGGCUCAUGAGAUGGUUUGUUGCUAUAGUACUGAAUGCACUCUCAAAGAGUUUUGCAGAAACAUGUUCAGUGAUAGGGAUAAGACAAGACAACAAAAGCUUAUUAGUUUAAUAUGGACUUGGGGCUACUUUCUGAAGAGAUGUGGAGAUAGUGACACUAUGUGAUAUUUGGAGCUAAGUAUUUUGUAUAGAAGCAUUAAAAAUCACAUGGCUUGCAUUCACUCCGUUUCUAUUUAUGCAGUGUGGUGCACAUUUUCAUAGUAUUCAAGCUUUAUUAAAUAGUUAUUUUUUCAUCUAGCUUAGGGAUUCCUCAUUAACAUUAGUUUUUCCUCUUAUCAUAAGAACAAAUGUAAAUUGAAGAACAUUUACAUAAAAAGAUUUAAAUUUUUACCAAGCUGCUGUGAAUUACUACUUUGCUUGCCAAAGUUCUUGUCUUUUUCUUUCCUUUCAUAUCCAUCUAUGACAGUUUCUAGAAGUGUUUUGAGAUCAUUGGAAAAAAUAGUAAGCCAUAUUACCUCUAAAAGCCCAAUACCUUCUUGCAAUUUAGAAAUGUUGAAAUGCAUGGCUUCAGUUUUUCAGUACAGUUUGAAUUUCUUCUCUGACUGUUAAUUAUUGAUGGUUUCAUUUAUAAACACUAAAUCCUAUUACCUGCCAUUAUAUUUCUUACUCAUCUAAAUGUGUUUUUUCUUAUGUAUAUUACAAAAAUAUUUUAUGACUGCCUACAUAAAUAAAUAAUUGUAAAUGGUCAAAAGAAUCGUGUAUUUAAGAAAUGCUGUGUGUGGUGUAAUUGCUGGUACCCUCCAUGUUUUCCUCUCCAGCCUAAUGUUUCCCUUACUGAACGUAUUUGGUGGUGGGGUUAAAUGAGCAGGGAAUUCCAGAACGUGGUGAUGGAGUGAGUAUUUGGAGAGGCAGUGGGUGAGACUGACAGUGAUCAGCAGCUAGAACAAGGGACGGACUGAAUGGGACUGA